AUGAUUACCACCGCCACUAUCCUCCCCACCACUUUGGCAUCACCUCUGCCACCUCUGUCACCAUCACCACAGCCAAUUCCACCACCGCUGGCAUCACAACAACCACUUCCACCUCCACUGCCAUCAUCACAAACUUCAUCACUACCACUACGGUCUCCCCUUCUAAUCCGUGCCUCCCUCUCUCUCCCCUCAGGUCGGCCGCCCCCCUCUGUGACCUGGUGGUCUGAAAGAGUGCUUGAGGAACGAAACUUCGAGGUCACAAGAGAAGGUCACGUUCGCUCUGACCUCAAAAUAGCGGAAGUAACCCGCGCCCAUCACCUCAAGUCCUACACCUGCCAGGCACAAAAUAAUAAUCAACAGAAGUUGAUGGAGGAGAUCACCAUAGACAUGAAUUUACGACCACUGAGUGUCAGGAUCAAAAUCCCCGAGGAUCCCCUUAUAUCAGGCCGCCACUACACCUUCACCUGCGAGAGUUUGGGAUCCAAGCCCCCAGCCGUCAUCAAGUGGAUCGAGGAGACAGGAGAAGUAGAGGGAGCGAGAACCCAUACGAGGUCGAGCCCUGGGGAGAUCACCACGGGGUCCUUGACGUUGGUCCCCUCUCAGACCGACCAUGGGAGAGUCCUCAAGUGCCAGGCCAGCAACCCUUCAGUGCCAGGGAGUGCCAUAUCGGAUUCAGUGCAACUUAAUGUCCAUUGUAAGUGCAAUGUUGCUUCAGGACAGAGUGAAUGGGGCUUGUCUGGGAUGCAGGUGCUAUUGCCUGUUUACAAGAGGAUUGCAAGUGGUGUCUAUGUUGAAAUAGAUGAUUCAAAUGUGAUAGGAUAUUUUAAGGAUGUU